GACAAUGGCAAGUGAGAAUGAGGACGAUGAGAAAUUUGUAUCCAAUCUAAACAAAGAUGUUAUUAAACGAGUUGAUGGUGGGAAGUUAAUGGAGAUGGAUAAAACCUUUCAACAAUUAAAGACACAUCUACUUGAUAUGGCUUAUGGUGCAAGUAGUAGUAGUUGUGAUAAAAUUUUGGCUAAAUUUGAGGAGAAUUAUACUCAAGUGAAAGGUCUCUUCCUUAGGUCAAGCGGAAAACCUUUGAGAAUGCACGAGGAAGGAACGAAGAAUGACAUGCUCUCAUGCGAGAGAAGUUUGGAAGAUACGAACAAUAUGAAUGUGAAUGAACAUUAUCUUCACACUUUGUCAAAUGAGAAGUUAUGCACUGAGGACUUUAAUGAAAAGAAUGAAGAUGCAUAUGUAUAUUACUGA